UCCCUCCUGACAAUCAUGUGCUACGACCGCUACGUGUCCAUCUGCAAACCCCUGCACUAUGAGACCCUCCUGGGCAGCAGAGCUUGUGCCCACAUGGCAGCAGCUGCCUGGGCCAGUGCCUUUCUCAAUGCUUUCAUGCACACAGCCAAUACAUUUUCCCUGCCCCUGUGCCAUGGCAAUGCCCUGGGCCAGUUCUUCUGUGAAAUCCCACAGAUCCUCAAGCUCUCCUGCUCCAAAUCCUAUCUCAGGGAAUUUGGGCUCAUUGCAUUUAGUGCCUGUUUGGUAUGUGGCUGUUUGGCAUUCAUUUUUUUCUCCUACGUGCAGAUCUUCAGGGCUGUGCUGAGGAUCCCCUCUGAGCAGGGACGGCACAAAGCCUUUUCCACCUGCCUCCCUCACCUGGCUGUGGUUUCCCUGUUUGUCAGCGCUGUUAUCUUUGCUCACCUGAAGCCCCCCUCCAUCUCGUCCCCAUCCCUGGAUCUCUCAGUCUCUGUUCUGUACUUGGUGGUGUCUCCAGCCCUCAACCCCCUCAUCUACAGCCUGAGGAACCAGGAGAUCAAGGAUGCCCUGAGGAAAAUGAUGACUGUAUCUUUUCAGAAACAUUAA